AUGCGUGCCAACGUCCUGCUAGGCCUUUUGGCCGAGACUGUUAUAGCAGUUCCUUACCCUGCUUCAAGCAAAGUUUCGACCGAAGUAGUCACCGAGAUUGUCACUGCCAGUCCAGUCAUGUUGGCAGACAUGAGCCACACUCUCGUCGCUAACUCGAGCUCGGUUAAGAGCAGUACCAAUCUUGAACAGGGGCCAGAAGGACAAACUAUCGAAGACGUUGAUGAGAGCGAGACGACCACAACACCCGAGAGAGUCGUCUUCUCAACCUCUGUUGUCGUCGAUACAGAGACGAUAUACUUUACGGACAUGCUCUCCGAUACUACAACAUCUACGAUCACGGCCACCGAGUCGUCGACCAUCUGGGCCACAGCUACGUCCACUAUGAAUGCUACCUCAACUGUCUUUGAGACAGAGGCAAUUUCUACCACGGCAACAUCUGUCAUUAAUGCUACUGAGACGGUCCUUCUCGCCAACUCUUUCUCUACUACCUCGACUGCGCUCACCACUUCAACUGUUCUGACCACAGACGAGGUUUCUACUACCGAAACAUCACUUACUACCUCGACUAUUCUUACUACAGAUGCGGUCUCUACUACUGAGACAGCGCUCGUCACUUCGACUGUCGCUGCUACUUCGACGGUCCUUCUCACAGACGUUGAUUCCACGACUUCAACUGACAUUGUUACUUCCAACGUAACAGAAACGGUUUUCUUCAUGGAUAGGAUAGCUACUACCGUACUCACAACUGUUACCUCAACUGUCAACGCUACUCAGACAAUCUUGUCGACUGAUAUUGAUUCUACAACAGCUACUGAAACCGCCACAUCAACAUUGUUUGUGACUGCUUCUACUGCUACUACUGAGACGGAUGUCACCACUUCGACAAACGUUGUCACUUCUACCUUCAGUGCUACAGAGACUGUCUUGGUUACAGCUCCUGUUACUACUACUUCAACUGCUGUUGUCACCUCGACAUCAAUUGUCAGCUCUACUUCAACUGUCUUUAUCACUGACUCCGUCGAUACAACACAAACGGAAACUGUCACAUCAACAGACGUUGUCGAGUCUACUUCUACAAUCCUUACCACUGCUGUUGCCUCUUCUACCAUUACAGAGACCGCAACUGUCACCUCGACUUCAGCAGUCAAUUCCACUUCCACUAUCUUGAACACUGUCCCUCAGACGGUGACCACCACUGAGACUGCUGUUACCACUGUUGCUUCAACUAUCUCUACUACACAGACUUUGGUAUCCGAGACCACGUCGACUACGCUCACAACUGACACUACACUCAGCACUGACGUUGUCUCCACCACUGCGGUAUCGUCAACUACAGUCACGGGCACUGUAUUAGUUAUCGGUACAGAAGUCAAUUCAUCAACCACCACUUCCACUAUCCUUACUACCCUCACUGCCACCGACACAGUCGUUAUUUCCGACACGUCUACGUUGUCUACCUUGGAGACAGAAACGACCUCGUCAACUGAGACCGCCACUACUCUGACUACCACCACAGUCACAGACACUGUUUCCAACGCGGAAACAACCCCUAUUACUGUCAACUUUGUCACAGCUACAGUAACUCAACUCUCUACCACCACCAUCACUUCUGAAGACAUCACCUCAACCCCAGCUCUGGCAAAGAGGGUUUAUAUCCACGAUCUAGUCGGCAAGAAGUUGGAAAUCGCGGCAAGGCAAUCUUUAGAUUCAGAGUCAGCUGCGGCUGCAGCUGCUUCAGCCUCUAACUCUCCUCAAGUGGCAAAAGUCGCUGACGAAACUACUACCGGAGUUACCCCUGCUUCUGAGUCGGUAACAUCCAACAGUACAGUUUUGAGCAGUACCACUGCAGCUGUUUCAGUUCAGGAUUCCCCUGCUUCUUCUUCUGUCACUUCUUUGGUCGACGUUGCUACCACAUUCAACUGCACCAAUCCUAGUACAAGCACUAGCAUGAAGACAGUUGUCGUUCUCGUCAAGGCUUCUUCUCAGCCUGCAAAGCCUGCUGUGGACGCAAAAAGCCCUGAUGCAACUGCCAAUACAGUUACAGCUUUAGCUACAGCUAUUUCCACUGUGACAGUCAAGGUUGAAGCUACGUCUUCUUCUGCCCCUGAAUCCGAGUCUGUGUCGUCUGAGACAGCUGCAGUAAGCUCUAGCACGGAGUCUCCUACUUCGGCCGCAUCUACCUCUGUGGAUGCGCCAGCCUCUGAGUCUACUACAGAGUCCGCCGUAGACUCUACCACUGUCUCAGGCUCCACGACCACUCCCGAGUCUACUUCCGAGUCUACAGUAGAGAGUGCCACGGAGUCUAGCGCUCAGUCUACGUCCGAAUCAUCUACAACUAGCCAAGUUCAAGCCCCAGCUGCAACAACAUUCACUACCACAGUGACCGAGAUCAGUACUACAACUGAACGACUCAGUGCUACACCAUCUAGCUCAGUAGCAGAGAGCUCCAGCACGAACAACGCAAGUGUAGAGGACGAUGCUGUUACUCCAGCCCCCGCUGAACAAUCGGCCACUUCCACUUCCACUUCUUCUGCCGCCAGAAGCACCGUCGACGCUGCCCCUGAAGACGGCGCUCCUGUGCCCGAUGACCCUGUACCACUCAAUUGGAAAGACAAGAUGACUCGUUUCCUCAUGGGGUAG